UUUUCUGUUGGUGCCCUGUGAGCAGCAAAAGGGGAGCAUGUCACUGCACCAGUGGAGCGCGUGUCUUGGGGCAAUUGAUAUCCUUAAUGCAAGAUGGACGAGAGAGUCAUCAGUUCCGAUAGCUCAACCCAGCAAAUGCAAUCAUUAUAAUGUACUCAAAUCCGGUCGGCGAAAGCGGGCAAUAGGGAAUGCCCAAAUCCGCCUUUCUUCACUUCAAUCAGCGGGCCUGAAUAUGACGAACCCUCCGCGACGGCCGAAACUGAAACCUUUAUCCGCCUCACUUCCUGUUCCGCCACCGCUUGACCUCACCGAAGACAACGUGCGACAGGCCUUGAUCGACGCCCGGGCGGAGCUUGGUCAGAUCUUUGAUGCUUCUGUCGGCAUCACUGGUAAGGUUGAGCUGGCUGAACUGGACGGACCUUUCGUGAAGAUUAGCCUCAAGGGUCGGUUUUGGCACAAGCGCUCCACUGUCCUCGCCAGAGUUGGUAAUUAUCUCAAGCAGAGGAUUCCGGAGAUAUUGGAGGUUGAUAUUGAAGAUGAGAAACAACUGGAUGAUAGUCCUGAGAAUUUUUGAGUUAGUGCCCCACUCUCUUGUGUUUCUGCUUAUCCUGCUCUUUCGCGCCCAUUUGCUAACUAAAAGUGAUUGGUGCAUUUUGUGCGUUGCAAGAAAAUUCCAACCGGGACAUUUCCUGUGCUCAGGUUAGCUCGUCCUCGUCCAUUCGUGGACUGAAGGCUGUUAGCUGGCGUUUGUUGGGAAAUAUUGAAAAUUAGGGAUAUAGAUUAGGAUUGAGAUUUAAAAGAAUGUUUAGCAUAAAAAAUUAUUUUUUAUAUAAGAUUAGUCAAACCCAUAUAGACGGAAUUGUGAAAUAUCAUGAGCUGAAGUGGUAUUCCUCAAUACCACCUCUGUGGGUU